AUGCCGGAGAUGGAGAAAGGUAGACCACCGGAAAACAAGCGCAGUCGGAAACCCGCUCAUCCCGUCAAAAGGGAGGUCAACCAGGAGAUGAAGAGUUUUGCAGAGAGCACAGUGAAUGAGUUGUUGGGGUGGUAUGGGUAUGAGAGGAUGGAGCUCCGGGACGUGGAGGCCUCAGACGUGAAGAGUCACGCUGCUCAGACAGGCCCUCAACACGUGUCCGUGCUAAAAGAAAACUCCGUGCCAAAGCUCAGGGCUGCUGAGAACAAGGUCCUCUCUCCGUCACUGCCCUUGAGGAAUGGAGAGAGAGAGACCGCCAGUGUUCCCUUAUCUUCAUCCUCCUCCUCAUCUUCCUCACCGGGUAUGAAGGAGCCACGCAGCACCCAUGUCAUCGUACCACUCAUCAAACCUUCUGCCGUGGAGGAUGUGCAGAUUCAGAUAGUGUGUGUGUGGUGUCAGAGAGAAGGACUGAAAAGGUUCUCUCUCAUCAUGGGCUCUGAGCUCAAGAGUUUCUGCAGUGAAAAGUGCUUCGCCGCCUGUCGCCGCGCCUACUUCAAACGCAACAAGGCCAGGGAUGAGGAUCACCAUGGCAACCAGUCUCCGCCUCCUGGGCAAACAGUGGACACACCUCCCAGGCUUGUGCUGAAGAUGAACAGUAAUGCUAGAGCGUGUGACUGGUGUAAACAUGUACACCACGCCAGGGAGUAUCUGGACUUCAGCGCCGGAGAGGAGCGGCUCCGGUUCUGCAGCACCAAGUGUCUGAACCGCUAUAAGAUGGAUGUGUUUUACCGCGAGGCCCAGGCCGCGCUCGCCGGGUCUGAGACGGGCGCCAACCCGGGUCAGGGCGAAGAGGAGAACCACGUGCCGGUCGGAGGUACGGCCGGGGAGCAGCUCCUCACACCAGAGUCCUGGGAGAGCCCCUCCCUGGACAAGGGAAACAAACCAGUGCCCCCAGAAACAUCCACGCCGAUCUCGGACAGGGCAUCCAUCUGCCUGUCACCGCCUGUGGCACACGCGUCUCCCUCAUCCCUCUCCUCUUCCUCAGUUAAAGUGUCCGUGUGCUGGCCGACUCCGAGAGAGAGACCCCCCCACAGGGAGACGACACCGUCUCAGACAGGGGGCGUGUCAGAGCCCCGUCCUCGACCUGGCGUGGAUCGGCAGCACCGCCCACACCCUCCCCUGCUCCCCCUGCCCACCAUCCGACCCCCCCUCCACGCUCAGGGCCUCCGUAGCCCCGCCUUUAACUCCGGCCACAACACGGCUCCGCCCACCAGCCCCACACGGAUUCAGCCCUCCCCCGCCCCACGACAACCCCCGCCCCUCAUCCAGCCUGCCUACCACACCCCCUUCCUGACCUACCCCCAGCCCACCCCCCCGGUUCUGCUGGGUCUGGGGGUGCCCUCGUUUGCGCCCCCGUGCCCUCAGCCCACUGUGCUGGUACCAUACCCCGUCAUUGUUCCUUUCCCAGUGCCUGUGCCAAUACCAGUACCCCUUCCUCUGCCACUCCCGACCGCCACCCGCUCCUCUGCCUCCACAGGGGCAAGGCGGGGCUUUGAGGAGAAGAGGGAGGAGUUAGGGGCAGGGUCUAAUGAUGAGGAGAUAGAGCACAGGGUGAAGAUGGAGAGAUUGGCAUCUCCGUCCCCUCCCUCUGUGAUCUGUGUGAGUGGACAGCCUGUUCCCGCGGUGACAGAGAACGCCACGGGCCACGGACAGAGGGAAGACAGGAUGGAACGGAACGUGAUUCAGAGGGUGGGACACGGGCAGCCCGUGAAGAAUGAGGGAGUGACCCAGACUGGACCGGACCCGCUCGGGCAGAGAGAGGGUGUGUCGAGGUCUGGCUCAGAGGAUACUCUAGAGCCCAGAGCCCAGCAGACAAACCCAAACCCGUCAAAUCUCACACACACUCCACCUCCACACUCCACACACACGGCUCCUAUAGUACCAUACACGCCUGCCUCAGACAUCACACACACCACCCUCGCACCCUCUGAACAGACCUCAGCCAAAUCCCCAAACACACACAUCACUGUCGCCCAACGCAAAUCUCCCAACCAAUCAAAGACCGCCGCAGCUUCCGUGGUCACUCCCACAGUUUCCAGAUUAUUGGACAAUACUGCAGUCACCCCAGCAGCCUCCGUGCCAUUGGUCGAUUUAAAUGCCACUCAGGCUACCUCAGCAUCAUGUGAGGGUCUCCAGGGAGUUACUUCAACCUUAGAUAUGCAAGGUGGCUCCUCCUCCAAAUCAGCCACGCCCCUGGACUUUGCCCUGACAAAAAGUGAGGACGUGGAAGAAAACAGUGUGUUAGGAAACGAGAGUCCGCACGUGACUCAGUGCCGCACGGAGAGAUGGAACCAAAAGGAAGAUUGGACUGAGGGUGAGGAAGGGCUGACGGCUGAUGAGGAUCAUGCUUAUGCCCGAAUCGUCCUGAGAAACACACGUAUGCUGGCCUUGUAUAAGGUCGUCUCUGUGUUUCUGCAGGGUCAGCGGAGCAUCACAGUGAUUCCAGCAUUGUCUCUGAACAGUGAUGCGCUGAAAGUCAUCGCCUGUUUGCUUGAAUGGUAUGAUCCAGUGCGUAUCAAACCAGUGAUAAUGUUUAACUGGUGGAUAAUCCAGUGGAGUAGUGCUACAGACGCGACAGACUUCGAUAUUUUCACCGACACGACUGCCUUUUAUCGGGACCGUGACUGUGAGGAGCAGUAUUGCGAUGUCUCCGGUCGUUCUGAUGUGGAUUUUUCCAUCGUCUGCCCUCGGCGCUCAGAUCAGACCAGUAAACACAUGUGGGUUUUACAAACCGCGCACCGUGACCAGAAUGCGGCCUGA